AUGUCAAGAGGCCCUCCACCAGGAAUAAACCUAUUCAGAGGCAAAGAAUGGAGUCUUCAAACGUAUCGUUACAUGGUUUUACUCAUCACUUUCAUCGCCUACGUUUGUUACCACGCUUCACGAAAACCUACCGGAAUCGUCAAAAGCGUUUUGUGUCCAGACGCAAACAAAAAACAUAAAUAUUCUGGAUGGGCACCGUUUAACGGACCCAACGGUGUUUCGAAACUAGGUGAAAUCGAUUUAGCGUUCUUAGCUUGUUAUUCUUUGGGUAUGUAUGUUGCGGGACAUUUAGGCGAUUCUCUUGAUCUUCGUUUGUUUCUGACAACGGGAAUGGUUGGAAGUGGAAUUUUUGUUGGUUUAUUUGGGAUGGGUUUUUUUAUGAAUGUUCACGAGUUUUGGUUUUAUUUGUUGAUGCAAAUGAUUGCGGGGUUGUUUCAAGCGACGGGUUGGCCUUCUGUUGUGGCGGUUAUUGGGAACUGGUUUGGGAAGAGGAAGAGGGGGUUGAUAAUGGGGGUGUGGAAUGCGCAUACUUCGGUUGGGAAUAUUAGUGGUUCGCUUCUUGCUGCUAGUGUUUUGGAUUAUGGGUGGGCGUAUCCGGAGGAUGUUGGGUUUUGUUAUAUUCAUGGGGAUGAAGAGGAGCAGAGGGUUAAGACUGUUGGUGGUGUGGUUGAAGGGGAGGGAGAGAGGGAGAGGGAGAAUCAAAGGUCUGGUGAUGGGAGAGAUGGAAGAGGGAAGAGUAUUGGACUUUUUGAAGCUUGUAUGAUACCCGGUGUUAUUACUUUUGCUAUGUGUCUUUUCUUUGCUAAGCUUGUGGCUUAUACAUUUCUCUACUGGUUGCCCUUUUACUUGACUCAGACAGAAAUCGGCGGGAAGUAUAUGUCUGUUAAAGCUGCUGGAAACCUUUCAACCUUAUUCGACGUGGGGGGUAUUUUUGGGGGAAUACUUGCUGGCUACAUGUCUGAUAAACUCAGCGCCCGUGCUAUAACCGCAGCUAGCUUCAUGUAUGCAGCAAUUCCUGCUAUGCUUUUAUACCGAACCUAUGGAAAUGUUUCUAUGCAUGCCAAUAUUGGACUUAUGAUGGUAACUGGAUUAUUGGUAAAUGGGCCCUAUUCACUUAUCACUACCGCUGUCUCUGCUGACUUGGGUACACAUAAAUCUCUCAAAGGUGAUUCCCGUGCUCUGGCCACAGUGACUGCAAUCAUAGACGGUACUGGAUCGGUUGGUGCAGCUAUUGGCCCUCUUCUUACCGGGUUCCUGUCAACGAGGGGAUGGGAUGAUGUUUUCAUGAUGCUAGUUCUAGGUGCAUUUGUUGCUGGCCUUCUCCUGUCCCCUUUGAUCUUAGCCGAAAUCAAAGAGAAAACUGGCAAAACUAGGCCCAAUGGACAACAAAAUCCUAGAGACAGCGCAUCUCAACCGCUUCUGCAAGAAGAAAGGUGA